AUGCUAGUUCCUUAUACAAUGGACUGGAUGUGCGCGUGGAUGUCACUUCUUGUACUUACUGUGCUACCUGCUUUAGCGGGUGUUCGAGGUACCUCGUUAGCUGCUGGAAGACAACCUGCAUUUAGCGAUCAUCAGCAAACACAACUGCUGGCUGCUGUGGGCGACACUGCAGUCCUACGCUGCAUUGUGAUGCGAUUAGCAGAUCGCACAGUCUCCUGGGUCAGAUCGUGCGACCUACAAAUAUUGACUCAUGCGGGCACUGUCUUCACGGCCGAUUCGCGAGUAUCCUGUUCCGAGGAAGUUGGAGAAAUUGCAGAAAGGGAUUACGAGAUGGCGUACCACACCACAGCCCACACCUUGCGCAUCGCAUCGCUACGCCCGAGCGACGCAGGCCGAUAUGAAUGUCAAAUCAACACUGAGCCCAAGCUGAGCCUGUUCUUCAAUCUCACGGUUAUCGAGUCAUCGCUACCAAUGGUAUCAGUGGCCGCUGUUGGAGAAGCGGAAGUCCGGCGAGUCCUGGGCGGAGCAGCGCAAUUUUCGUGCGAGGCGCGAUACGUGCCGUCUGCGCAGACAUUUGGGGCGGUCCACGCACCACUGCCUCCUGGCAUACUAGCUGCCCUUCCGCCACUCACACUCCGAUGGGAACACAACGGAGUUCUUCUUAAUCCACAGAGUGGACGCGGCGGCAUAUCGUUGGAGACUGAGAGGUGGGAAGGGCGAAUAGUGUCGCGUCUGACACUUGGGGCUUUGGAUUUGGCGGACGCUGGUCUGUACACCUGCUCGGCGUCUGGCGUAUCUGUGCCUUUAAUGCUAUCACUCUAUAGCGGCGCACAGGACCUUCACGAAAAUGUCAUUUUAGGCGGAGACAUGGAAAUGCAGCAUGAUCAGGCGGUUCCUCGAAUCAGCUCGGCAUCGUCGCUGCGACCCGUUCCUCUCGCUACAUUCACCAUCCUGGCUGUUAUCACAUUACGAAGGCUUGGCACGUGA